UUUUUUUUUGAUCCUUGAAUGCACAUCUCUUGUUCUUCUGCACUGAUCCAAAAGGGGGAAUAUUUGCCUACAGUGUGCUAAAACUGGCAGUCAAGAUGCCCAUUCAGUCCCUCGCUGAUUUUGAUGAUGUUCCCGAUGGUAUAGGCAGCUCUGUUUGUUCACAAAUGGAAAGCUCUCGUUCCUCCCGUGCCAUGAAGCGUAGGAACCUUCUCUCCCAAAAAACCCUCCAAGAGAGCUUUUUGAUACCGGCGGAGGGAGCCGUCACGUUCGACUGCAUGUUCUGCGACGGGUCCUACAAACAUCACGAAGACCUGGGCAAGCACGUGUUGACCAAACAUCGGCCGACGCUCUGCGAGCCAACGGUUCUCCUCGUGGAGGCGGAGUUUCUCAGUCCUCAGGACAAACGUGGAAGGAGCGCAGGGUCCCCGACGGAGGAUGUUAAACAUGAGAACGAAGGCUCGGACUGUGAAGUAUGUGGUCAAACCUUUGCUGACUCCUCCGACCUGGAGUCCCACAUGAAAAAGCACAAAGACUCCUUUACGUAUUCUUGCAAUAUUUGCGGGAGGCGAUUCAAAGAGCCAUGGUUUCUGAAAAAUCACAAAAAGACUCAUUCUACCCGAGCGGGAGGGAAAAACAAACACCAGCCAGUUCCCGAGACUCCCGCUACAAUCAACGAGAUCGUACAAGAGCAGGUCACCGAAAGCCUCACCUCGCCUUAUAAACUCUGCAUGGUCUGCGGGUUUUACUUCCCUGACAAAGAAACCUUGUUGGCGCACAGUAAAAUGCACACCAAGGGCUCCAAGCUGGCAGGGAAAUCAACCGGUACCGCCUCCUGUAAGGAGAACGUGAAUGGCAACGAUGGCGUGCAAAUGCCCAAGGAGGCCUUUUUGAACUUUUUGAACCUAAAGCCUGCUUCUGCAGCGGAUACAAAACCUGAAACGGCUCGCAAAUGGAUCGGGGAGCUAGACCCGUUCAACACGUACCAGUCGUGGCAGCUGGCGACGAAAGGCAAAGUUGCCCUAGGCCACGGCCAACUGAAGGAACCCUUCUUCGAAGCCAACGUGGAGACGGACUCGUCUGAAGAUGGCGAGGUGGGUGCUGUAGUACAGGAUGCCGAUGAUUUGAAAAUUUACGCGGUGGGGGUACCUUGUGCAGAAGCUGAAACCAAACCUCCCAACGACCGGGACAAGUCAACCCUCUGCAAUGACUGUGGAAAGUUAUUUAAAACCUACCACCAGCUCGUCUUGCAUUCCCGUGUCCACAGGAAGGACAGGAGCGACUCCGAGUCCUCUGCCAGUUAUGACGGGCUCGUGGCUGCUGACUCUCCUGACAAUCCAGCCGACCCGGAAGAUGAGGGGAGCAAAAUGGAAGAUGUGUCUGAAUGGGAAGAAGGUGGUGGCGAUUCUGCAGCUACUGAUAAAAAUGAGGAUGAUCAAUCAGUUGUCCAGAUGAAAGGCCUUCCAACCUCCAGACAAUGUGGCUACUGCAGAAAGUCUUUCCGUUCCAACUAUUACCUCAAUAUACAUCUCAGGACCCACACAGGUGAAAAACCUUACAAAUGUGAAUUUUGUGACUACGCUGCUGCCCAGAAGACCUCCUUGAGGUAUCACUUGGAGAGACACCACAAGUUCAAACCGGGAGAGUCCAACGCUCGAGUGAAAAGCAUCAGCAAGAACCUACAGCUUCUUAAGAAAUUGCCUGAACCACCUGCUGCUAUUGUCCAACCCCAGGAGAACCAUAUAUCCGAACCACCCAUAAAUGAUGACAAAGAGGAUCCGCUGAUGGCCAAACCACCAAAACGCAUGUCUGCUCUGCGCAACACACUUGUCAAUGCGAAACGGGGCCUGAAAAAUCAAUUAGUGGCUCUUGAGAAGACGGAAGCUGUGAAAGUGAAGAAAGAGGAGGCCAGGGCGGCUACUCCUUGCCAACCUCCGAAAACCCCAACUCCACCUCUAGAUGGAGAGGAAGAGAUUUCCUUGGCUUGUGCGGAAACCCUGGAUGAUGAUCCUUAUUUUAUGGAGGAGGCAACCUCAACGGACCAAAAUAAUGACCUCAAACUGGACCCCGUUUUAGAGGAUGAUCCGGCCCCCAUGGACUUGUGUACAAAAUCUGCCAAGAAGGUGUCAACCAAGUUAUACAACCGUGCCUUACUGGCCACGCCCACCUGCCCUUACUGCACCUACAAAACCUUAUAUCCAGAAGUGUUGUCAAUGCACCAAAGACUCACCCACAAACAGAACUACGAACCUCUUCAUAAAGCUGGGGUCAGAGGGAAAAACCCGGGUCUCGUGUUGAAAAUGAGACGCACCGGUUGUCCUCCAGCAUUAAAGGGUGUGGACGUGUCCCCGUUACAGCUGGAGACCCCCAGGCCGAAGGGUCGCCCAGCGUCCCAGACCAAGGUCAACGAGAAACCAAAGCGGGCACCGGCUCAGGCGAACAAAGCUGUGAAUCCGCCAAGUGUGGAGCAGGAGAAUAAACCUCAUCCCAUUCAGGAGAAUAAACCUCAUCCCAUUCAGGAGAAUAAACCUCAGACUGUUCAACAAAAUGGCCAGCAAGUCAGAAAUUAUAGAUCCAUGCAGCCGGACCUGCAAGGCAUCACGCACCUUUUAGAGAGAAUGCCACAGCCUGAGCAAAGAAAUCCUCAGUGGAAUCCUACCAGUCAGAAGAGCAAUACAACGGCAGCCACUGAACGUCCCUAUCCCAUAGUACCGAUGUGGUCUGGAGAGCACCCUUUCAACCGGCCUGGAAUGGCUUAUCCAGAACUUGGUGAACCCUUCACCAAACGAGUAAAGCACAAUAUGUCAAACUCUAUCGCUACUCAGUACUUGAAUCCCGAGGUGGUCAAGAGACUGCAAUCCGGCCAGGCCAGUGUUAUUGGUCCGGAAAUGGCGCUUGGCAAGUUGAUCAACCCUCAAUUACCCAACAAAGUGUCUCACCCAUACGAGUUAGACCCUCGUGAAGUCCUGAAAUUCUAUGAACACGCGGCUGCUGGGUCAUUAUACCGAAUCCCCAAUACACCUCUUGGUCAGGGAUCUACUUCUGCAAUGGAAGUGAAGCACACUCCGUUGUAUCAACGGAUAGCAAAACGAGGCUUUGGACCGAAUGAAAAGACCACUUAAAGGGGCUGAGGAAGAUACCGGAGCAUCCUGACAAAGUGCUCACAAGCUGCUACCUUUCUUCUGUGCCGGAGCCUUUCUUCCUACGCAAGCUGUGAUUUGUACUAUCGAGCGACACUAAACUUUUUUUUACCUUUUUGUUUCUUUGGAAGUUGUGCCGGAAGGCGUCCCUGCUGAAGUCAAAUCUCUGGGAAUGUACAAUGCAUAGAGAUCUAUGUUGGGUUUUUUUUGUUUUUUUUUCGGGCGA